GGCAUGCUCAGUAGCCCGACCGGCUUAGCACCACGAGUAGGAAGAGGCUUUCAGCGCCCGCCUGGGCGACCGACAGCGGGCACUUUGAUGAAUCACGUGUGCUGAGGCCGUCUUAAAGAGAUAGGCACCUACUUUUCCUCCACCCUAAACACCGCCCUGAGGGCGGAGGCGACCGCGGUGAUUGCAGCUGCUUAGGGGCAGGGCUUGCCCCAGCGCUGAGUGGUAGCACCGGCGUGGUUGCGUCGGGGUUGCCUGGGAGUGGGGCGACCCAGGGGAGCCUGGGAGCGGCGUUUGGCGGGCAACCCUCUCUGUCCGUGGACGCGGGACAUCCGGAGCGCUCCGAGGGGCUUUUGCCCUUGAGGAGACGUAGGGUUCCGGGGCGGCAGGUGACAGGGCCAGAGAAAGAUGGAGCAGCUCGGGGCGGCGGCGUCGGGAGCUGGAGGCGGCGGCGAGGAACCCGGCGUGGGCCGGAGCAACAAGCGGAGCGCGGGGAACCGGGCCGCCAACGAAGAAGAAACGAAAAACAAACCCAAAUUGAACAUUCAAAUAAAAACUUUGGCAGAUGAUGUGCGUGACCGAAUUACAAGUUUCAGAAAAUCUACCGUCAAAAAAGAAAAACCUCUUAUUCAACAUCCUAUUGAUUCUCAAGCCGCGAUGACUGAGUUUCCAGCAGCUCAGCCAUUAUAUGAUGAACGAUCUCUGAAUUUGUCUGAAAAGGAAGUUCUGGACCUCUUUGAGAAAAUGAUGGAGGAUAUGAACCUUAAUGAAGAAAAGAAGGCUCCUUUACGAAACAAGGAUUUUGCCACCAAGCGUGAGAUGGUUGUUCAGUAUAUUUCUGCCACUGCAAAAUCUAUAGUUGGAAGUAAAGUUACGGGUGGCCUAAAAAACAGCAAGCACGAAUGCACCCUGUCUUCACAAGAAUAUGUUCAUGAAUUGCGAUCGGGUAUUUCAGAUGAGAAACUUCUCAACUGUCUGGAAUCUCUGAGGGUUUCCUUAACCAGCAAUCCUGUGAGCUGGGUUAACAACUUUGGCCAUGAAGGACUUGGACUUUUACUGGAUGUCCUGGAAAAGCUUCUGGACAAAAAACAGCAAGAAAAUAUCGACAAGAAGAAUCAGUACAAACUCAUUCAGUGCCUGAAAGCAUUUAUGAAUAAUAAGUUUGGACUGCAAAGGAUUCUAGGAGAUGAGAGGAGUCUUUUAUUGUUGGCAAGAGCAAUUGACCCUAAACAACCCAACAUGAUGACUGAAAUAUUAAAAAUACUUUCUGCUAUUUGCAUUGUUGGGGAAGAAAACAUUCUAGACAAACUUUUGGGUGCCAUCACUGCUGCAGCUGAAAGAAAUAGCAGAGAACGAUUUUCACCAAUUGUGGAAGGACUAGAAAACCAUGAAGCAUUACAACUCCAGGUGGCCUGCAUGCAGUUCAUAAAUGCACUUGUCACUUCUCCAUAUGAUCUUGAUUUUCGAAUCCAUUUGAGGAAUGAAUUCCUUCGUUCUGGACUAAAAGCAAUGCUCCCAGGUCUUAAAGAAAAAGAGAAUGAUGAGCUUGAUAUUCAGUUGAGAGUGUUUGAAGAGAACAAAGAAGAUGACCUAACUGAAUUAUCCCACCGUCUCAAUGACAUUCGAGCUGAAAUGGAUGAUAUGAAUGAAGUCUACCAUCUUCUCUAUAAUAUGCUGAAAGACACUGCAGCUGAAAGUUACUUAUUAUCCAUUCUGCAGCUUCUGCUUAUCAGAAAUGACUAUUAUAUCAGGCCACAGUAUUAUAAAAUAAUUGAGGAAUGCGUUUCACAGAUAGUGCUGCACUGCAGUGGCAUGGACCCGGACUUCAAGUACAGGCAAAGAUUAGACAUUGAUUUCACACACCUGAUAGAUGCUUGUGUAAACAAGGCAAAAGUUGAAGAAAGUGAACAAAAAGCAAUGGAAUUUUCAAAGAAGUUUGAUGAAGAAUUCACAGCUCGACAGGAAGCUCAAGCGGAGCUUCAGAAAAGAGAUGAAAAAAUCAAAGAACUGGAAACAGAAAUCCAGCAACUUAGAACCCAGGGAGCUCCAUCUUCAAUUCCAGGCCCACUUCCACCACCUCCACUGCCAGGUGCUGGACCAUGCCCACCACCUCCUCCUCCACCACCACCACCACCGCCUCCACUUCCUGGAGUAGUUCCUCCUCCACCACCUCCCUUACUUGGAUUGCCUGGUGUUCCACCACCACCACCACCACCACCUUUGUUUGGAGGACCUCCACCACCACCACCCCCUGGAGGAAUUCUUCCUCCCCUACCUGUACCAAUUGAGCUACCAUAUGGAAUGAAGCAGAAAAAAGUAUAUAGGCCGGAAGUAUCCAUGAAAAGAAUCAACUGGUCCAAGAUUGAGCCUAAAGAAUUGUCUGAAAACUGUUUCUGGCUAAAAGUAAAAGAAGAAAAGUUCGAGAAUCCAGAUCUGUUUGCGAAAUUGGCCUUGACAUUUGCUUCCCAGAUAAAAGGUCAAAGGAAUACAGAUGCUGUGGAAGAAAAUAAGAGUGGACCUCCAAAGAAGAAAGUGAAGGAACUGAGAAUUUUGGAUCCAAAAACAGCCCAGAAUCUGUCUAUCUUCCUGGGAUCUUAUCGCUUACCAUAUGAGGAAAUAAAGAACAUUAUUUUGGAGGUUAAUGAAGAGUUGCUCAGUGAGGCCCUAAUUCAGAAUCUUGUUAAACAUCUUCCUGAGCAGAAUGUACUCCGAGAACUAGCACAGCUUAAGAAUGAAUAUGAUGAUCUCUGUGAGCCUGAACAGUUUGGUGUUGUGAUGAGCUCGGUGAAAAUGUUACGGCCUCGUCUCAUGAGCAUCCUUUUCAAACUCACCUUUGAAGAACAUGUAAACAACAUCAAACCAGGCAUCAUAGCAGUAACUCUUGCAUGUGAAGAACUGAAGAAAAGUGAAAGCUUUAACAGACUUUUAGAGUUGAUUCUUUUGGUUGGAAACUACAUGAACUCAGGCUCGAGGAAUGCCCAAUCUUUGGGCUUUAAGAUCAACUUCCUUUGUAAGAUUAGAGAUACAAAGUCAGCAGAUCAAAAAACAACCCUUUUGCAUUUUCUUGCUGAAAUCUGUGAGGAAAAACACCGUGAUAUCCUGAAAUUUCCUGAUGAGCUGGAACAUGUGGAAAGUGCAAGCAAAGUUUCAGCUCAAAUUCUCAAGAGCAACCUUGCAGCAAUGGAACAAAACAUUCUUCAUUUGGAGCGUGACAUCAAGAACUUCCCCAAAGCAGAAAGUCACCAUGAUAAGUUUUUGGAAAAGAUGACGAGCUUUGCAAAGAAUGCCAGAGAGCAAUAUGAAAAACUAUCUACCAUGCACAACAAUAUGGUGAAGCUGUAUGAGAACCUGGGAGAAUACUUCAUUUUUGACCCGAACAUGGUAACCAUAGAAGAUUUUUUUGGUGAUCUCAACAACUUCAGAAACCUAUUUUUGGAAGCAGUGAAAGAAAAUCAUAAGAGAAAAGAAAUGGAAGAGAAGAGCAGGAGAGCCAAACUUGCAAAAGAGAAAGCUGAACAUGAGAAGCUGGAACGCCAGAAGAAGAAGAAGCAGCUCAUUGAUAUAAACAAAGAGGGUGAUGAGACUGGAGUGAUGGAUAAUCUUCUGGAAGCCCUACAGUCAGGUGCAGCAUUUAGAGACCGCAGAAAGCGAAUUCCAAGGAAUCCAGAUAACAGACAGGCCCCUCUGGAAAGAUCACGCUCUCGCCACAAUGGAGCCAUGUCAUCCAAGUGAUUCCUGAUGCCAGAGAGAGUGGAGACAUUUAAAAAAACAAAAUCAUCCAUCUUGAGAAGAACAAAAUAUACACUCAAGGGUUUGAGUGGAAAUAAAUGCAUUUCCACAAAGGUCAAGCUGAGCUGGAUGAAGUAAUGUGUAUUUGUAGGAGUACUGCAAGUACACUAAUUCGAACCCAGCUGUCAUGAUUAGAAAACACUUGUUCCUCUGUAGUGUAAAGAUGCACAUUACUUGUCAUUGUGUGUAUAUAUGGUGACCUGACUGUGAAAAUGAAAGUAUUAAAAAAAAAAUAGAAGAAUCCUAAGGCUUCUACAAACAUUCCAGUCUGUCAAAGAAUUUAAAACUGAAAUUUCUAGGUCAUGCCUACCUACCCCACUCCACCCCACUGCCCCCCUCAAAAAUAAAUAAAUAAAAAUAAAAAGGGAGAAAGGGGACUGGAAAGGAAGAAUUUCCAGUGUCUACUUCUAGCUCCUCUGAUGUACAUAGUGUAAAGUCCGAGAGAAUGGGUGCAUCAAUGAUUGGGCACACUCUGAAAGAGAAGCCCCAGUCAAGGUAUUUAGAACCAAUCUCAAAUGAAAGCUGAUGGAUUCAUCUAUUUGGCAGAAAUUAGUUUUACCAUUAAUCUAGUAUUUAAGUGUGAUAUCACAGGCACUUAUCAUUACUAAAAAUAAACCAAAGUUUAACAGAAUCAGCUAUAUUUCAACUUUAAGAAGUAUUUUCUAAUUCUGCAUAGAUAUCUGCCUUAUAGAAAUUCUUUAUAUAGCAAUUUUUGAGAAAACCUCUACACAUUCAUGCAUAUGCUAGGGAUGAGCCUGAAAAUUCUAUUGCCUUUAUUGAGAUUUGAGAGGUAAAUAUUGAUUUCUGGUUCUUCACUCUAGUGCUUCUUUCUCCCUUCCCCCUGAGAGGUAGGGAAUAGAACUGCAGAAGAGUCCAGAGGGAGGAAGUGAUCUCUUUAUGCAGGAGGCAGUGAAAAACUUCGGAAAGGUCAAUUGUUUUAUCUCCCUUUCUGCCCCUUUUCCCAUUCUACUUUGGUAGCUGAAGUAAAAGCAAAUCUGUGCAUGCACGCGCGCGCGCGUUUGUUUGUGUGUGUGUGUGUGUGUGUGUGUGUGUGUGUGUGUGUGUGUGUUUAUAUCUCUUACUGAAGUAAUUCCAUACCCCAGUAACAAGGUAAACCUCUGUCAUCACCAUACUUACUUACCUUAUAUUAUUAACACAUUUCAGUGAUGCUGCCAAAA